AUGCCAUUUGACAGAGAGAUGACCACACAGCCCUGUCCUGUAGUUCCAAACAAGACUUCUGUGGCAAAAUGCACUGUGUCAGCACUAGCACAUGCAAUUAUCUUACAAGCUUGCACCAACCCAGAGGUUCUGCGUAAUAUCGCCGUCGGAAAAGCAGCCAGCCAAAGCUCCACAAAUAAGAAACAGGGAGGUGUAGCUGAACUAGCUGUUGACGGGAAUAAAAAUACCGACCUGAGGGCUGGAAAGUCGUGCACCUGGACCAAUAAGGAGUUCCAGCCAUGGUGGAAAUUGGAUCUUGGAUCGUCCAAAGACGUUUACCAGGUUGUCAUCACCAACAGACAAGACUGUUGCUCUUUCCGUCUAAAGAACGCCGAAGUUCGCGUCGGCGACGACCCAAAGCACGAGAACAAUCCAGUUUGUGGAAUGAUGGUUAUGGGAAAACGUUCAAGGCAGGAGACAGUAACCAUGAACUGUGGCUGUGGUGAAUCGAUGCAAGGAAGAUACGUCAGCAUUCAGUUGAAAGACAAGACACAGCAGAUGCACUUGUGUGAGGUCGAGGUCAUGACCCUGUAA